AAAAAUAAAAGAACACCUCCUAAUUCUAUGUUUUAUGUCCCAUGGUUCCUCAGAAUAUUCCUUUCUUCUUAGGGUUUUUUACUAGGGUUUCUCUUUCUCUCUAUUUUGCAUAAAAUUUCCACAACCCUAUGAUUGCCGUAUUUUUCAAUCAGAGGGGUUUCAGAGAUUCUUCAACUAUUGUUUAAGCCCGGUGAGAUCAAGCUCACCCACUUGUGCGCACCGAUUAUUAGAGAGAGACAGACAGAGAGAGGCUAUGAAUAUGGAGGCUCGGGUGGGUGUGGUCGUGGAAGGAGGGCAGAGAGCUUUGAACACCGCUCACGGGAGCGUCGCUGACCGGAAUUUCCAGCAGCAGCAGCAGCAGCCGCAGCAGCAGAGCCCCACGAAGCAGAAGCAGACUGGCACGGUGCAGCAGCUUCUCGCCGGUGGGAUUGCUGGCGCUUUCAGCAAGACCUGCACGGCGCCUCUGGCCCGGCUUACCAUCCUCUUCCAGGUGCAAGGCAUGCACUCUAAUGUUGCAGCACUGAGUAAGGCUAACAUAUGGCAUGAGGCUUCUCGAGUUAUGAAUGAAGAAGGGUUUAGAGCAUUUUGGAAAGGCAAUAUGGUUACGAUUGCUCAUCGUCUUCCUUAUUCUGCUGUCAACUUCUAUACUUAUGAGCGUUACAAGGAUUUGUUGCAAUUGGUUCUUGGGGAAAAUCGUAGGGGUAGUACGGGUUCAAAUAUUUGCGUGCACUUUGUAAGUGGUGGAUUGGCUGGAAUAACAGCUGCUUCUGCUACAUAUCCUCUGGAUCUUGUGAGGACCCGUCUUGCAGCACAGACAAAUGCAAUAUACUACAAAGGUAUCUCGCAUUCAUUUAAUACCAUUUGCCGAGACGAAGGUUUUAGGGGCUUGUAUAAAGGACUAGGAGCAACACUUUUGGGUGUUGGACCAAGUAUAGCAAUAAGCUUUUCUGUUUAUGAGACCUUGAGUUCUUUUUGGCAGUCUCAAAGGCCCAAUGAUUCCACUGCCUUGGUUGGUCUUGCUUCUGGCGGUCUUUCAGGCAUUGCAUCAUCAACUGCAACAUUCCCAAUAGAUCUUGUGAGGCGAAGGAUGCAGAUGGAAGGGGCUGGUGGUAGGGCCCGCAUCUACAAUACUGGUGUGUUUGGAACAUUUCGGCACAUAAUCCGGGCUGAAGGCCUGAAAGGCUUGUAUAGAGGGAUUUUGCCAGAAUACUACAAGGUCGUUCCCGGUGUUGGCAUUGUCUUCAUGACUUACGAGACAUUAAAGAAGUAUCUAUCAAAUUUUUAGUUGCCAAUUAAGUUUCCCAUUUUCCCGGGUGGCUUUGUGCUCAUCAAAAUCAUGAAGUCGUGCCGAUGUCCAAUGUGGGAAGGUAGAAAAGAGAAUGAAGUUCAUAAAAGAUACAAGGUAGGUAGAAGAAUAGUUUUGCGGUGUCCUUUGGGAAAUUAUGUGGUGGUAAAUUUUGCCCUUGCUGCCAUGAGACCAUUCUUUUUGCUGUAUAGGUAGUAGUUAGCACAAUGAGUCAUAUCAAGUGUAACCAAUUCCAAUAUGAUUAUGUCUUAACAUGUUAGCGUUCAUUGCCGAUUGUAUCGUCUCUACAGUAUUGUUGUUGCAGCUUGUUUGUUGCCUGCAUGCUGUUCAGAUUCAUGUUACCUAACUAUUUUUUCUUUUGAAUGGAUCUGAAUUUGACCCAUCUUACUGAGAAAA